AUGGCGCCACCAAACCCGGCGGCCCGCGACUCGGAGGGUGCUGGCGGUAAGGGCGGCAACGUGCCCGGACGUAUUGGACGGCCGCCGCAGUGGACAAGCACGCGGUCGCGGAAGCUGGCACGGCUGUACAUGUACACGACGCUGUCGGUGGACAAGAUUCUCAAGGUGCUGGAGGACGAUGUGUUCAAGCCGCGCAAGAAUUCGGCGCAGAAGACGAUCCACAACAUGCUCGACCACGAUCCGAGAUACUUGCGGCCCGAGUCUCGUGAGGACAUGAACCAGCGCAUCAAGCUUUUGUCAGCGUCGACGCAGCGGACCCGCAAGUCUGCGAGGGACCGGGAUGAUUAUUUCCCCCACCCGCCAGACCCCAGCAGCAUGCACCAGCAGCCAUAUGCCGACUUCUACCACCCACAGUACCAGCAGCAGGCGCCACCGCCGUCACAGCACCACGCGCUGUCAAUGCAGUCGAUGACCCACCACGUUCCAGCAUACGUGGGCGGCAGUUGGCCGGGAUUUUACCCGACCCAUCCGGUGGGUACCAGCGCAGCCGACGUAGAGGCAGCAACGCGCAUGACGAUCAGCAGUGCGCCCUUUGACCUGUCACAGCACUCACCGGCGGCCCUGGCAACAGCCGGGAUCCACCACCACGGGGGCCACCAUGGAGGGCACCACGAGCUAGGCGUGUCCCUGGAUGGCAGCUCGCCGACGAACGGCAUGGGACUGCCACUGUAUGCGCAACAGCAGCAGCAACAACAGCGGGAACGGCGGUCAAGCACGGGGGCCUGUUCGACGGCGUCGUCCGACGUCAGCACGGAGACAAUUCAGGACCUGAAGAAGCGACUGUCGGGCUGCUCGACGCACUAUGCGAACCAGGUGUCGAACCUGCUGCGGCGAUUUACGAUCAGCGUCGACUCGGACGAGGCGGGCGUGCCGGUGUUUGAGCCGGACACGGAUCCUCACCGGGUGCGGAAGCACCGGCGCAAGAACAACAACAUGAACAGCAGCAGCAACAAGAACCACAGCAGUGGCACCAGCAACGGCCGGAAGAAGGCGCGGAGCGGUAGCGUGAGCAGCGACAGCAGCGCGGUGAGCAACAGCUGUGCGAGCGAGAGCGACGGCGAAUACGACGGCACGUUUGGGCCGGGACGGAGCAGCAGCAGCGGCGGUGGUGGCUUCCACAGCCACAGCCACAGCACCAGCAUGAGCACAGGCGACAGCUCAGACGCGUCGGGACAGAUGCGCGACGAUGAGCGCAAGCAGCAGUUGUGGCCGACACAGGGAAACCUGCCGGUAUUUCUGGGAGCGUGCGGUGACGGGGUGGGCAGUCCUCGGCUGGCGCUGCCGGGCGACUUCUUCAACGCAUACCGGUACCGAAACGAGGCGUGUCCGCACCAUCGGCGACAGCAGCAGCAGAAGCAGCAGCAGCAGCAGCAGGGUGACGGUCUCGGCGGGAUGCCACAGCCGAUGGGAAUCCAUGGCAGCCGGUUGGGUGGGCGAGAUAAAAAGAAGUCACGCGAGCGGCGAUACUGGUGUGCAGUGACAGAGGCGGUGUCAGCAGCAGCAGUGGACAACGGGUCUUUCUGGGUACUGGGUGACGGACGAUUGGCACCAGAGGCGCAGGCGCUGCUGCACGAGACGGCACCACACAGCAUGGGACGACGGGACCGGUUUGGACACACGCUGCUGCACCUGUUUGCAGCACGCGAGGGCGUGCAGAUGCAGCUGCUGGCGAUGGUGCUCAACAGUGACGACGACAGCAUCGUGGCGGCCAACACGGCCGGACAGACGUUUCUGCACUUGCUGGCACCGGGCUGGUUUGUCGGGCUGCACGAGCCGUAUGCACCGCUGCUGCAGCUGCUGACACACCUGCGGGACCGCCGGGGAAGCAGCAGCAGCAUGGGCGACGAUGGGAGCGCGGCAGCGGCCUUGGCAGCAGCAGCAGCAUCAGCAAGCGGCAGCAGUGCAGUCUCGCCGGCUCAUCUGGUGUAUGCCACGGACGUGUACGGCCGGUCGUUUUUCCACCGGCUGCAGAUGUUUGUCGACGACCCGGUGAUCCUGGCAGGCAUUGCCCAGCACUACGAGCGGGCAGCACUGUCUCGUCGGGAUGCCUUUAACAACCUGCCGCUGAUGGGCGGCAGCAGUGGUGGUGGGGGCAGCAGCUUGGACGGGAGCGACAGCGGCGGGGGUGUGGUGAUGCUGGACGACGUGGUGCCGCCGUGGCAGUCAUCGCCGCCGGCAGAGGGCAGCGGGGGUGCUCUGGGCAGCUCUUCACGGUCUCCGACACCACGCAGCGGCACGGCAACGGCAGCAGCAACGGGCGAUGGGAUCGAUGUGGAUGAGGGCAUCAGCAGCGUGAUUUUUGCGAGCGAGGAUGCCUUCAUCCGGCAUCACGAGUCGCUCCUGCGCAUCGUCACGGCAUCGGACAGCCACCCGAGCAUGGAGGACCCCGAGGGCCGGAACGGGCUGCACUGCCUGGCGCAGGCGAUUGUGGACAAGCGGAUGAUGGACGAGCACCGCAACGCCAUCAGCACGGGCCGGCGGCCACCGAAGAAGAAGACGAUGGACAAGCGGGGGCCAGACCUGCUGAGUCCGGGCAGCAGCAGCAGCACGGCAGCGACGAGCCUCGGCACGACGGCCAGCACGACGACAGCUCUGAGCACGGCUCCGAGCCUGAGCACGACGCCGACGAACUCCAUGUUUCUGGGCAGUCCGAUGGGGGCUCUCGGGGGUCUCGGCAGCAUCGGGGGAAUCGGAGGAAUCGGCAGUCUCGGAGGGCUCGGAGGAGCGACGUCGUCGGCCAACCUGUUGCACACGUCGGCCGACGGGCCACAGAUGGCGACACGGCUGCGGCUGGUGCAGGGGCUGCUAUCGCCACCGACGGUGGUGGACGUGAACCAUUACGACCGACGAGGCCAGACGGUGCUGACGUCGUUUGUGGUGCACAUUGCAGACGACCAGGAGGACAAGGCCAAGAGCCUGGCGGCGAUUCUGGAGACGCUGCUGGCGGCAGGUGCACGCAUCGACGGACGCAACCGUCGUGGCGAGACGGCCCUGCUGGUGGCCGCGCGGCUGGGCCGCAAGAUCGCCCUGACGACGCUGCUGGACCACGGCGCCAACGUGCACGUGCGUGAUGCCGCUGGCCGCGGCGUGCUCGAUAUCAUCGAUGCCCAGUGCCGCCAGCGGGCGCGUCACGACGUCGCCCUGUACGGUCGACUCGAGGCUUGCCGCGUGCUGCUGACGAGCAUCAAGCAGCUGCCGCUGGGCGUGUGCCAGCGGCCGACCCUGCUGGACGAGUGGACCGUGGCGAGCAGCCGGCGUGGGCCGGAGCCGCGGGAUAUGACGAUGGUGAUGUAG